AUGGCAUCCGCAAUGGCCAAGCGCCUGGAAGGCAAGACCGUCGUCGUAACAGGAGCCUCGUCCGGUAUCGGCAAAAGUACCGCCAUUGAAUUCGCACGUACAUCGCCCAAGAACCUCAAGUUGGUUCUUACCGCCCGCCGAAUCGACACGCUCAAGCAAAUCGCCUCGGAAAUCAACGCAGAAGUCGGCGAUGGCGUCAAGGUCCUGCCCGUACAGUUGGACGUCAGCGAUCCAGCCCAAGUCCGCGACUUCGUCUCCAACCYCCCAGCGGAGUUCCAAGCCAUUGAUGUACUUGUCAACAACGCCGGUCUGGUAAAAGGUGUGGAUAAGGCAGGAGAGAUCAAAGAAGAGGAUAUCGCUGUUAUGCUCAACACAAACGUUACGGGAUUGAUCAACAUGACACAAGCCGUCCUCAAGGGCAUGAAGACACGCGGUGAGGCUGGGCAGGGAGAUAUCAUCAAUGUUGGUUCCAUUGCCGGCCGUGAGCCAUACCCUGGUGGAUCGAUCUACUGUGCCUCCAAGGCUGCCGUACGCAGCUUCACGGAUGCUAUGCGUCGGGAGUUGAUCGCAACGAGGAUCAGGAUCAUGGAGAUUGACCCAGGCCAGGUCGAGACGGAGUUCAGCGUUGUGAGAUUCUAUGGAGACAAGGCCAAGGCAGAUGCUGUCUACGCUGGUUGCACACCCUUGACACCUGAAGAUAUUGCUGAGACUAUUGUCUUUGCGGCUGGACGACCGGAGAAUGUUGUCAUUGCCGAUUUGCUGGUUUUCCCCAACCACCAGGCGGCGGGAGCUGGCGGUGCGUUGUACAAGAAACCUGCAAAGAUAUAG